UGCUUCUACUUAAAUAAAUCAUGAUCGAUCUAUAAAAUGGCCAAAAAUUAAAAAUCCAAACUUGAUGCUGUAAUUUUUUGCUCCACUCAAUUUUUCCAGCACAAAACGAAUACGUUUCGCAGCCAGCAGCAUCUUCUCUUCUUUGAGAAACUCCUCAACUCCACAAUCCACUAAAACUUCGCAUUUUCCCUGCCUUUUUUGAAUCAAAGAUUCAAUUUUUACAUCACUGGAGACUUGUUAUUCUGCUAGAAAUGAGAAAUUGCCCGAGUUUCUGAAGUUGGCUUAUUGAACUUCUGGGAAAAAAAAGGUUGCUACUUUUUGCUAGUGAUGAUGUCAGUGACAUGUAGUAAUCUCGAGUUUGGUAGAACAAGAUUGGAUUUUGCGGCGUGUGGGUGCUCUUCUUCCAAUGUCUCCACCAAUCGUGUAGCUGCAAAAGUUUUUGGAAAGGGGCUGCUGAAUAAUCGCUGCCGUGUGUUGUCGACCAAGACUCCAGAAGCUUUUCUCAGUGGGGUUGUUGCUGGUCCUCCUCCUCCAGUUUUGGAUUUGGCUGAGGAGGAAAAGGGCCUUCCUUCGAUGUCGGAUAUGUUCGAGGUGGUUUCUGAAGAUUUACUAACAUUGAACAAGAAUCUGCAGUCGAUUGUUGGUUCAGAAAACCCUGUUCUGAUGUCUGCUGCUGAGCAAAUCUUCGAGGCUGGUGGGAAAAGGAUGCGACCGGCUUUAGUUUUUCUAGUCUCACGAGCUACUGCAGAAAUUGCUGGUUUGAAGGAUCUUACCAAAGAACAUAGAAGGUUGGCCGAGAUCAUCGAGAUGAUCCAUACUGCAAGUCUGAUUCAUGAUGAUGUAAUAGACGAAAGCGACAUGAGGAGAGGAAAGGAAACUGUCCAUCAAUUAUACGGCACAAGAGUGGCUGUUCUUGCUGGGGAUUUCAUGUUUGCCCAAUCAUCGUGGUACUUGGCAAAUCUCGAGAAUCUUGAAGUUAUCAAGCUUAUAAGCCAGGUGAUUAAAGAUUUUGCGAGUGGUGAAAUUAAGCAGGCAUCGAGUUUGUUUGACUGCGAUGUUCACCUUGACGAGUAUCUAAUCAAGAGCUACUGCAAAACAGCCUCCUUGAUUGCUGCUAGCACCAAGGGGUCCUCCAUUUUCAGUGGUGUCGACAGUGCCAUCAGCGAGAAGAUGUAUCAGUACGGUAAGAAUUUGGGCCUCUCGUUCCAAGUUGUUGAUGACGUAUUGGAUUUCACCCAGUCAGCGGAGCAGCUGGGGAAACCGGCCGGGAGCGACCUAGCAAAGGGAAACCUAACUGCUCCGGUCAUAUUUGCACUUGAGAAAGAGAUGAAGCUCAGAGACAUCAUUGACUCUGAAUUCUGUGAGACGGGGUCGCUUGAGGAGGCUGUUGAGAUUGUCAAGAACAGCGGGGGGAUUGACAGGGCUCGGGAGCUGGCAAGAGAGAUGGCUGAUCGAGCUGUUGAGAAUCUGCACUGCCUGCCCCCGAGUCCCUUUAGGCUAUCGCUGGAACAGUUGGUGAACUAUAACUUGGAACGGAUAAAAUGAAGGUGCGUUGCUUAGGCACGCUGCGGUGUGGUGUAUAGUUGAGUCUUGAUCAACACAAUGGGAUUAUGCAUGAACGGAGGCAUCAGAAAGAUGGUUUUCUGUUGUAUGUUUACAGGUUCUCUUGAACAAUAUUGGUGUAGCUAUAUUGCUGCAAUUGUGCGUUGUUGUGCACAUUUUCGGACAAUGACCGAUAGGAUAAGUAUUAAGUUUGAUUCUUGUAUACAUUUAUUCUUCAUCAAAUGGGAAACUAAUAAUAUAAAGCAGGCCUUCCUUUGGUUUUAAACUUCA